AUGAAAUUGAUUGUUUUUGGAGCUACUGGACCUACCGGUCAGUUUGUUGUAAAGCAGGCACUGGCUAAAGGUCAUCACGUGCAUGCUUUGGUGAGAAACCCAGGGGGACUUAUCAUAGCAGACAAACUCCUAACCAAAACGAAAGUAGAUAUAUUCCGACCAGAGGAUAUAUCCGCACAUUUAAGUGGGAGUGAUGCAGUAGUAUCAUGUCUUGGAACCAGAAAGCAGGCAUUAUUUCAGAGGUCAAGGACCACGUUUUACACUGAAUCUCUACAGAGCAUCGUUGAAGCUAUGCGAAUGUCCGAGACCAAAAGACUCGUCUGUCUAUCAUCAUGGGGAACGAAAAGACCAAUGUAUUUGGAGUGGACCAUGCGAAACUUUCCAAUCGGCAAACUGCUGGAUAACAUGCUGGAGAUGGAAGAAUAUCUAGAUAAGCAUUGUUCAGAUAUACACUACACCAUUGUUAAACCAGCUGGUCUCCUCAACAAAGACACUUCCGAUUUACCGUUGGAGACGUCUCAAGAACGUGUAAAAGGUUGCAAAAUGACAAUACCUCGAGGAGACGUAGCAAGGUUUGCGCUUCAGUGCGUGGAACAAAACACUUGGAUUAACUCACGUGUGUCCAUUGGAAUAGGGAGGUGGAAGUAG